UCAUCAGAGCAGCAGCCAUCAGAAUGGUUUCACCCAUCCUGUCCUGCGUUACAUUCUGUAUCUUAGUCAACUUAGUCCAUGCCCUGCCGCCUACUGAGCCACCGUUAAUCUAUGGCCACCCUUUCGUGGCUAUAUGGAACGCCCCCACCGACCGAUGUCGAAACCUUGAGAUCCAACUGGACACUGCAGCCUUCCAGGCAGUGACCACACCCGCGGCAGUCCCCGGUCAGUUUCUUACUAUCUUCUAUGAGGACCGCUUUGGCCUCAUGCCUAACGCUGACGUCGUCAAGCACAUGAUUAACAGAGGUGGAGUCCCCCAAAAUGGCAACCUGACAGAGCACCUGAAUAAGGCCCAAGGUCAAAUAGAUCACUACAUCUCCCAUGAUUCCUCUCCUGGUCUUGCUGUCAUUGACUGGGAGUCCUGGCGUCCCCUAUGGGAUCAGAACUGGGGAUCCAAGCGUAUUUAUCAGAAGUUGUCCAUCACUCAUGCUCUGCAGAUGGCUCCAUUUCUGUCAUCGAAGGAAAUUUCCAGACUGGCAAAGAGCCAGUUUGAGCAUGCUGGCCGACGCUUCAUGGAAAAAACCAUCAGUCUUGGAAUCAGCGAACGUCCGAGCCGCCGCUGGGGCUUCUACCUGUUUCCAGACUGCUUCAACUAUGGAUGGAACAAGCCUGGCUACACGGGGAAGUGCUCCCCAAAAACCAAGAUUCAAAACAACCAGAUGCUGUGGUUGUGGGAGCGCAGCACAGCCCUUUUCCCCUCUGUGUACCUCCACCUGUCCCUAAGGAACACCCCCCAGGCCGCACUCUUUGUUCGCAACCGUGUCCAGGAGGCGCUCAGAGUAUCAGCACUGCCUAAACGUCCCUACACCGUGCCAGUAUACGUCUACUCCAGGCCGCUGUACCGAGAUCAGACCCUCAAGUUUCAGAGUCAGGCUGACCUUAUCAGCACUAUUGGAGAGUCUGCAGCACUGGGAUCAUCUGGGGUCGUAAUGUGGGGAGGCACCAAAGAUUACAACAACAAGGCUGCCUGUCAGUCUCUGUCCGAGUUUUUGACUUCCACCCUCAACCCGUACAUCGCCAAUGUGACUGCAGCGGCCAUGCUUUGCAGUGAGUCUUUGUGCCAGGGGAAGGGCCGCUGCGUCAGGAAGAACUACGACUCCCCCAGCUACCUGCAUCUGAACCCCAACUACUUCCGCAUCGUGCGUGUUAAGAAGAGGUACAUGGCUGUUGGUCUUCCUAAUGCAGCUGACCUCGAAGGCUGGGCCGCCAGCUUCACCUGUCAGUGCUACUGGGGCUGGAGCUGUUCUCCAAAUCUGACGCAUCCAACCACCGUCAAAGUGAUCUGGGUUUAAUCUCGACAGAAAGGCCCCUUGCUGAUUCACAUAUCUGAUUGUUAUGAUGGAAAUUAAAAUGUUGAUGAAAUUAACUAAUGAGCAUGAGCUGCCUCUGUGUUAAAAAACAAACUUAAAUAAAUAAAUUAAUUUGAACUGAAAUCCCAAAAUGUUCCUAAAUAAAAUAUUUUCUGGAAAAAAA